AUGAUGCUUGGUGAUCCAUCGCCAGGUGGAAAAGAAGCUGAGCGCCGGGGAGCGCAGGAGAACUUUGUUGUGGAGGCCUUGGAAAGGCCAACCUACGAGACGGUCAAUGCGGUCGAUGAAGAUGAUCAGACAGCAGCUCCUCAUGAGGAUGAGGCAUUCGCUCAUGAGGCCUGGGACGAUUGGAACUCCGAAGCCACCUUCCUGGCACAGGAUGAUCAAGAUCAAGAUGCCUUGAUAGUGAGCCAGUUUGAAGACAGCCUCAUCGACGUGCUCCAAAGUGAUCCUGACACCGCUUCCUGCUACCACACGUACCUGGAAGCCCGUCGAAGGAUCAUUGAGAAGGGGAAGAAUCGAGGCUUCUGGCCCAUCAAGGGCGCACCUGGUGGCAAGUCAAAGCCAAAAGGAAAGUUCAGCCCGACCUUCACCAAGGGCAAAGGUCACUGGAAGGCUGAAUGCCCCAAGAGAUUUGAAACUGAAGCCAAAACCACUCCGGCGACGACAGCCUUCGCUGGAAAUGUGAUGAUCGAGUACGAGGAUGGUGACACCGAGGUGACUCGUCAGAGUGCCGAACAGCACGAGGAGCAAGCGUUCCUCCAUCUGAAGGUCGAGGAAUUGGACCACCACAAGAUCGACUUCGGCAAGGAGAAGAAGGGGCAGACCUAUCUGAAGGUCGUGCAGGAAGACCCCCGCUAUACGGCAUGGUUCACAUCGACUUACAAGAACUCCACAAAGGGACCUCACCGAAAGUUCAUCCAUUAUGUCAGCCUGUACACCGAUCGCCUCGAACAGCAACUGGCCAAGGGGAAGACUCCAGAGACUCAGCCCAAGAAUCAGCUGGGAACGGCCUCCAAGGCCAAGAGUCGCCGACCGAUCAUGACGUCUCCUCGAGAAUGGCAAGAUCGAACACCAAGUUCGUCACCUUCGCCAAGUCAGAAGAGCAGUCACUGGGAGAUGAUCCGCGAGGAGUCAGUUCAACAGAACCAGCGGAUCAGUCAGAUCGAGGGAGCACUCAGUCAGAUGGUGCAACAGCUGCAGUUUGUCACGAGCCAUCUCAACCCGACCGACCAGUAG